AUGAAAGUCGGCAAUCCACAAUACCGUGGUGAUGAGGUCCCCCUCCCCAUCGAGGUUCUAGAUUUAAUAUGCCACUUCGUCAAGACAGCUCAGCAUGCCAAAAGCCAGUCCACCUUGGCCGCCGGGACCUUGGUGUCCAAGUCUUGGUGUUCUAUUUUCACUAGACAUUUGUACGAACAGCCGCUAAUCGUCCCUGGAAACUUUGAUGCCUUCACGAGAACCAUCUGCACAACCGUGACUGCAAAAACAAAGCGAGUCGGUCUCGAAACUUAUGUCAAGCAUCUUGAUCUCAGCAAAAUCGCUUACGAAAGCUCCAAAAGUCUUACUGCUCGGCUAAUAGGAAGGACGAGUCACUCGUUGGAGUACUUUGCCGCACCAGCAAUCACAUUUGGGAUUGGGUCACUCGCUCCACUGUCCAAAUCGUUGAACUUGCGAGUUCUAGAUUUGUCUCACGACGGGUACCAGAUCAAGCUGAAUCGCAUUCUUGAUUCCGUUAGUCGCUUGGAGCAUUUGAUCGAACUUAGAUUGCCAACCGAUGCCGCUGGAGACGGUGCUGAGUGUCAUUUUCCUACAGGGUGUUGGCCGAAGCGCCUUGAAGUUUUGCAAUUGUCCUUGAAAAUGUGCAUAUAUGUGCACUUACAUGUGCGUUGGUGGGACGAAUUUCUCAGCAGUCUGCCCGCCUCCCUUGGGACAUUGAUUAUCCCCGACUUUCUCAGCUAUCACUCUUUCUACAUCUGCAAGGACAUACAGGUAUCUGCGAAGUCAAUAACACGUCUCGAACUCGGAAGGGCAAAGGAUGAUGAUUGCAUUGCUCAUCUUCCCUACUUUCUUGCUUGCUUCCCCUCCCUCACGACGUUAACAGUCCCUGUGACCAUAAGAAUUGCUUUGGCUGAUCUCAAUCUGGAUCACUGGUUUGAUGACGACAUGUGGGAGACCUUGUAUCAUCCUGGCGGUGCAUUGGCCAACAGCGAUCAGAGCAUUCAAAGGAAUAGUCUUGUCAAAGAACUCACCUUUUCACUACCACCAACAAGUGUUGCUUUUGGCUUCCAUGGCUCCAUAAACAUGGAUGUGUUUUUCCUAAAGGCGAUUGUGGCGAGCUUUCCACUACUCCAGAGAGUGAACAUUCCGAUAGGCUCCAUCAAGAUCCUUGAUGAAGAUGACAACCAAGACGAGCUACAAGAAAUAUGUCAAAUCUUGGAGAGUAGAGCACCCUCUGACGAGUCUCAAUAUGCAGGCAUUUUCCAGGAUUGA